AAUUUGUCAUGUUAUUCAUAUUUUUUCGUUUUUUCUUAGGUGAGGAAAGAAUUUACUUAAGCUCAGACAGCAUUGAUCCCUCUGAUUUGAAUUCGAAAGAUGAUUCUGUCUUCUCCCCUGAAUUUUUGAAUAGCAUUAAAGUUUCCGGACUGCCUAAUCAUGCUCUAAGACUAAGAAUUGGUACACCGGUUAUGAUUUUAAGGAACAUAGAUCCUACGGAAGGUUUAUGUAACGGCACUAGGCUCCAGAUAACACAACUUGGAAUCCAUAUAAUCGCAGCUAAAUUCAUCACUGGCACUAGAGUUGGAGAGAAGGUCUUCUUACAUCGUCUUCUGAUUGAACCUUCAGAUGCAAGCCUUCCAUUUAAAAUGAGGCGGAGGCAGUUUCCUCUUAAAGUCGCAUUUGCAAUGACAAUUAACAAGAGCCAAGGGCAAACAUUAGGCAAUGUUGGGUUGUAUCUUCCUAAACCAGUCUUCUCUCAUGGACAAUUGUAUGUUGCUGUUUCUCGGGUCAAGUCGAGGAGGGGGUUAAAGAUUCUUAUUACCGACAAAGAUGGAAAUCAUCAACUGUCGACGAUGAAUGUUGUGUACAAGGAGGUUUUUCAAAACCUUUUCGACAAGGAAACGUGAAGUUACAAUACCUUCAAGAAUCCAGGUACCGAUUAGUUAUUUGCCUAAUACUCUUUCGGAUUGAAUAAAUAUAAAACUUAUCAAUGUGGUGAUCUAUAAUAUGCAGAAAAUAUGGUAUUGUUCUUUGGUGUUUUCUGAAGAUUGGAACUACUACGAGAAGCAUAUGUAAGUUUUUGUAUAAUUUGUGUAUAAAUAUAACUGUUCUUAUCGUGGCAAUAAUAUAGGAUUGGUUUAAUGUAUUUUCAAUAGGGAAGAACCAAUAUUACGGCAGUGACUAAGGAAGUGUGCGAGAUUAUCAUUCUAAAGUUAUCUAGCAACCUGGCGAAGCUAUACGAAAAAGAAACGACCAAAUUACUUUUCAUUUUCUAUACUUGAACAGUAAUCUACAUGGAUUAAUUCUAUUGACAUUAUGAGAAACUCACCUAAUAAUUUCCAUGUACGUUGGAUGCAUGGUGAACUCAAGGUGUGAAGUUGCUCCUUCGCUUGACUUUAUAUCAAAACUUCCUGCUUCUUUAUUGAAGCCUGUCAUAAUAGAAUAAGUUUUUUUAAUGUUUAGCAGGGGUUGGAAAAAAAUAAAUUAUAUUCGAUGAAAGUCUUAAUAUAUCUUGGUUGGUUUUGUAAACCGAAACAAUUUUUUAACAAAUUAUCUUUUCGUGUGCUAAACAAACCAUAAAUAUUUGGAUGUACAAAAGUUAGAGUUGAACCCAAAUAAAUCACUGACUUAGGCAACAUUGUCUACUUUUGCAAUUUCCAGUUUAGUUUAUUUUCCAGUUCUAAUUUUUGGGCGCAGGACGCCAGCUAUUCACAUAACAAUACAGUUUCGGUAACUCAUCUAUAUAUUCGAUAUUUAACUAACUGUUGGUUUAAUGUCUGUUUGUAGAGAAUGGUGUAACCUAAAUUAUAUUGUAGCUUCUCUAACCCGUAACCGAAUUGUGAAGUAAGUUAGUGGGUUCUUAAUAUGGGCUCUAUAAGGUGGACUAUACUAAUAUCCCCUAUUUGGUUUACUAAAACGAAAAGAAUGACUACAUAAACUUAUAUUUAUAUACCUUCCUCCAACAUAGUAUAGAAUCAAAAAUUCUUUUAUUGCAAUAUCCGUUUUAGGCAUUCUGUAUCUAAAAUACCAUACGUAUAGAUUUAUACUACUGUUAUAGCCACCCAUGUAUCUAAAUAAGUUUACUUAAUCUAACGUGUCUAAAUAAGUAAACUUAAUCUAAUGUGUUACAAUAUAUUCAAGAUUUAUUGUUUAAUUUGGACAGAAAUUUUAUUGUUCCAUAUAUACCAGACGAUCUCAACUUGCUUCGCAAGUGAAAAGUAUAUACUCUUCCCUCCGCAUACUGAAUGCAAUAAAUUUCGGAAAAUACAAUAUGUUAAGUCUAAUAUUACGAUGCCCUAUAACAGGUAUCCUAUAUAUAUAUAUAUAUGUUAAUAACUCGGAGUAAAAAGCAAAAAGAUCAAACUCUUUCAACUUACAAAUUCCUCAUGAGCUCUAUCAUGUUUUUCUCUGAA